AUGCCUUUCACGGUCGCUCAAGAGCUUGCUGCGUCGUGGUGGUGGAAUCGCUCACAUGUGAGCAGUGGCUCUGAGAAUGAAGCUGAGACACGCCUUGCUGACCGUGCCACUACGGCGUCCUUCAGGCCACGUUAUGCUGCUGCAUGCGCCCAGCUCAGCUCCUUCGCUACUGCUGUUUUGGUUCAUCGCGUGAGCUGCUGCGGCGUAUGGGGCUUCCUCAUCGCGAAGGAGAGGAUGGAGCUAAUUUCUACUUGUCGGGAGGCAGACGGGAUGUGUCUGCGACAUGUUCGGGCUCACGGGCUCCCGCCGAUGCCGCCGAUCAGUGCUCCGUCUUCGACUUUUGCUCGGCCAUGCUCUCUGGGGCGUUUUGCUCGGGGCUUUCAGCGGCAGCGACGCAAACACCUCAGCGCUGCUCUGUCCAGUCGUUUGCAACAGCUGCAUCCUGUCUUCGACCGAUUGGACGCUGCUGCUUUUGAAGAUCUUGCUGCGGAUCCUGUUUCAGGCUCCCAGGACGCGGAUGCUAUUCUGGCCGCCUAUGGCCGGCAGGUGCAACGUGUGGACGACCUUUAUGACGUCGUUGCAGAGCUCGGCCAUCAUCUUGCACUAGCUGAACUUCGCAUUCAAGCUUUGGAAGCCGAACGCGAGGAGCUCUGA